AUGCCAAUGAUAGAUUUACAAUAUCACUCCUUCGAAGAUGCCUUCAAAACCGGCAAUUUUCGUGUCUCUUUAGCCUCAGGUCGCUCUCAUGAGUCUGAUCCUACUGGACUAAGCAGUCUGCCCGGAAUAAAUCAAUUUUCAAUUAUCAACUUACCGCGUUUAAAAUCACCCAUCAGUCCCCUGGUGUCAUUUUCACUCAAAACUAAACCCACAUUCAUUCUCACCCCGCCUUUCGAGAAAAAGAAAGGGCCCGAGAGACGGUCUCCCAUUCGAGGCCGUAGUAGAGUCAGAAGCCCUUUGAAUGAUGAUGCUGCAAGAAAAGCCUUUCAAAGCCCAAUCUCACCUGACAGGUUCAUUCCAAAGAGGAAAUUUGAAGACUUUCCAUCCACUCAUUUCCGCCUCAACAAGGACCCAUCUCAAUUGUCUCCUCGAGAAAAAAUUCUGCGACAGCGUCCGCCCGAAGAUGAUCCGUUUAUGCCAGUUCCAGGUCGGUUUAUUGGAUUUCCUGGGAAGAACCCAUCACGGACCUGGCUUUACCUGCGACCACAGCAGCCUCAUCUUAUCAAUGACCUUUGUGCUGUAGAAUCUAAUCGUGCAAGUGACUUCUUGAGGCAGAUCAGUGCCGGUUCUAUUUGGGGCGUGGGUGGAACCUCAGCCAUGCCGGGUGACUCUUUGGCGACGCUCACAGUUCCUCAGAGUUUGUCGGUCAGAAGAUCAAUUGCGCCCGCCUAUGUUGCGAGAUUCCUGCCCAAGUGCACAUUGAAAGAUGAACAAAAUAAACAUGAAUCAAGAAUUGCGCUUGCAUUGGACAUUGACCCUACAACUAGGCUUUUCGGCACUUGUUCGCCAUGUAUCGAUGUGCCUCUCAGUCCAAUACAUGUGGACUAUGAGCGACUCUCGCCAUUUAUAUGGAGGGAUGGGACCUGGAGGAAGGCUGAAAAGGAGCAUUGCCCCAAGACUGUUUCCACACCAGAAGUCGUUCCUUCCAAGCCUUUUCGCAUUUUAGAUGCACCACAUUUGCGGGACGACUUUUACUGCUCAAUAUUAGCAUACUCAAUUUCGGCUGGUAUCCUCGCUGUUGGCCUCGCACAAUCCGUUUACCUUUGGUCAGAGGGCUUCAUUUUGGACCGCACGCCCUUUAGAGAUGUCCAUCCAGCGAACUACGUGACCUCACUUUCGUUCUCAUCAGACCAUUGUGGGCGAAGUAUUCUGGCCGUUGCUCGCCAUUCUGGACAGCUGACCCUAUGGAGCAUUCUCGAAAAGAAACCCCGAUUUGAUAUAAGCCACCCCAACAGUCUUUCAUGUGUAGUCUUCAAGCCAACGUCUUCUCGAAGGCCUUCAGAGGGAUUCUUCAAUACUACGGUUGAUGCAGAGGAUCUCGUUGCUGGCGACGAAAUCGGCAAUAUUUGGUACUACUCUAUCGAAUGGCCCAAAGUACAUAAUAAAUAUAGUUGGACUGGCUCUAUAACUCUUUUGGCAAAAAUUUCUGCGCAUACUCAACAAAUCUGUGGCCUGGCCUGGUCUCCUGACGAUAAAUUUCUCGCCACGGGUGGUAACGACAACACAUGCAUGCUUUUUGAACUAAGCGAGAUUCUUCCAUCGCCACCACCGGAUGAGCCUUCAUUCUUAUCUGCUUACUCGUCGAGGGCCUCUUCUGGGAACUUGAGCCUUUCUGCAUUUCCAUGUCUUAUUCCAAGCCCUAACCCAAGUCGACUUAUUGGUGGGCCACAACUCAUCAAUCGUCUACUUCCGUCAUGGAUCCCAUUUCCUCCUGCCAGUAGCUUAAACCCAAUUCCGCUUCUGAGCAACAUAGGGUGUCUCAUUGCGGGUCAAGGCAGGACUGCUAUAAUUCCUAGGAAUCACCAGAAGUACCGUCUGAUGCAUGGAGCAGCAGUCAAAGCAAUCGCAUUUGCACCAUGGCAGCCAUCGCUGUUGGCAACAGGAGGAGGCUCCAAUGAUCGAUCAAUCCACUUUUUCCAAGCCCGUACUGGAGUCAGCCUUGCUACUAUUACCGUAUUUGCGCAAGUGACAAGUUUGAUUUGGAGCCAAACCCGGCAUGAGGUUGCCGCAACUUUUGGAUAUGCCCAGCCGGAGCACCCAUUUCGGAUUGCUGUAUUUGCUUGGCCUAGCUGCGCGCAAGUCGCUGUCAUUCCUUGGGGUCUUCACGGCAGUAGCUGGGACGGGCAUAUUCCACCCAAUUAUGAUUGUGGCCGAGCACUGUGGGCUGUGAGCUAUCCAGGGAGACCCCCUAACUGCCAUUUGAAUGUUAGAGGUCAAGACCCAGGUUUCGCUCGUCUACCUCACGCAUCCUCCGAGUCCCCAGGCUUAAGUAAUUCUCGUCAUGCAUACGAGGAACGCGGGCGUGAACGUGAAAGACGAGAGAGGAGACAGCCGAUCAUUCGGCCCAAGGAGAAAGAAGGGGGAAUGUGGUGUCCAGGAACAAUGGAAGAAGGAUGUAUCAUCGUUGCCUCAAGCGACCAAACAAUCAAAUUCCAUGAAGUUUGGUCUGGAAAACAUAAAUCUAUCGGGUCUGCUGGACUUUUCGGCGGAAGUGAUAUCCUUCAGGGUAUUGAGGGUAUUGAGAGGUCAGGGCACGAAGUCAUUCGCUAG